AUGCAUAUUCUACUUCUACCACAUAUAUUUGAAGUGUGCACAGCAACGAUUAUUAUGUUCGUAUUACUGCUUUGGCCAGUAUAUAUUUGCCGUGAACUAACAGAUACUGAAUUUGACCAGGCUUAUAUUAGCGACAAACAAUGUGCGCAAGAAUUACACAAUAAUUUGAAUUUGGUGAAAAAUGAUACAAUCAUUCAGAUUCUACAGGAUUUUGAUGAUUAUGUGACAGAUAAAAAUAUCACUUGGCUAAAUAUUCGAAAUGAAUAUUAUUAUGAGAAGCCUUAUAUUAAUAGUAUUUGUGUAAUGCUUGGAAUUCGUGAACGAUUCGGUACUGCAAAUGGUCAAUUUGGAUCCGCACAUUUGCUAAUACCAUUAGUUGGUGUAAUAAUAACUGUAUGUUUCCUGUUGGGGCAUAUUAUCGAAUUUAUGACAAACAAUGACGAUUCAUCGGUAGGAAUUCAGGUUUUCUGUGGGCUCAUUUGUUGGCUUAUCAUUUCUAUUCCAUUAACCAUUAUUGAUUUCAACUGGAAUGGUACGAAUGAAAUAUUACGAAAUUUGGGUGCACCAUUUCCAUUGGAAUGGAAAAUUUGCACAAUUGUUGCAUGGUUUUGGACUUUCAUCAAAGCAAUCGAAUUAGCUUUAGCUAAUUACUAUCGAAAUCUUAUAAUUAAAUUUGAUAAGCCACUUACUUUAACGGUUGUGAACUUACCAAAUGAUUAUACGCUUAUCGAUGAGAACGAACCACCCUAUCCAAAUGAAUAUGAUACGAUGGGUAAUAUGAUUGGUGAAUAG